AAGAAAACAUUAAACUAAGCAUUGAAAUCGUAUGUGGUUUCCAUCAAUGACCUUAAAAAUUCCGAAAAAACAGUUUAGGUAACUAGUUCCAGUCCUUUUUUCCAGAAUGGGCAACAUUUUUAAACUACACAAUAUUUGAAAAUGUUUAAUCCAAGGUGAGUACUUCACAAAAAAAGAAAAAAAUCCAUGUGAUCUAGUCAUGCCAGCUAGAUAUCAUUGCUCAAAACAACCUUAAAAUUACAAAAAAAUGUUACGAAAAUGUCAUAAUUUUGGCAUAUAGAGCCUUACAAGAAAUGCCAUAUCUUUAUUUAUAGUUGUUACUAGGAAAUGUGUAGCCCCUCUUUUUUUGCAGAAAGAAAAAACCAUCGUAUAUAAAGGUAGGAUAAAGGCUAUUGCUCAAAACUACCCUAAGUUUACAAAUGAAUUGUUACAGACAAACUCUAAUUUUUCCUUCUAGAGCUUCAAAAGAAAGGUUGUAUUUUUAUUCAUAGAUGUUGACAAGAAGUGUGUAACCUAAAUAGAAAGAACUUUUUGCAUUUACUGAUCUAUACCUAGGCUAUAGGCUAUUGCUUGAAAGAACUUCUGCUGAGGAAAUAUAGGAUGCUUCGAAAUCAAACAAUUAAUAACAAGGAUAUAGCAGUAAAAGUUUUAGAUCAUAAAGCUUGGAGAACAAUUAAAUUACCUAUUUUAGAAAAAAGUAUUUUGAAGUAUCUGCGAAGCCAUUGCAUUGUUGAUAAUGUGAAAUCAUUGCAUUGGUGAUAAUAAUAAUAGAAUGUCUAAUAGAAUGCAAAUAGAAUUUACAGAAAAAAGAUGUGCAUGUGUUUUAAUGGAUAGUAUAAUUGAAUGUAUGUAUAAUUAGAAGCUUUAUGCAAUUGUGAUACAUUAUAUAGAAGUUUAAUAGCAUCAACCCAUGUUUCAGUUUGCUGCUGGCUAAGUUAUUUUCUGAUGAAGUAUUAUUUUUAUUUAGCUAGACCAUCAUUGGUUUGUCAACAUCCUGGUCACAGUAACAAAAGACCUAGAGCUGCAAGGACUGCACCAGCAAACUUGAUUGCAAAACUUGAGGAAGAUGGCAUUCACUUACCAAUUGGCUCAAAACUAUGUGAAUCUCAUUACAAAUACUGUACAUGUAUGUUAUCAUUUCUUUGUAUAUUAAAGUUAGUUUUGAUUAGUUAUUUAUAAUAUAUAUAUUUCAAUAACUACAGUGUAACUCUUAACUUACAGCAUCGUCAAACAAAACAGAAAAUUCAGGAGAGGACACAGAUCACUACGACAUCAGUGAAAAAGAGGAUCCAGAAUAUUCUCCAGAUGUGAUGAUUAUGGCUGAGUCAACCUGCCCAAUUGAUAAUUCGUAUGUUACGGCAAUGGAUGCCUUACAUGGCAGCCCAAUAAAAUUCCAAAUAAAAAGAAAAUUUGUGUCAACUCUCACUACCAGUACCAAGAAAAAAAUUAAACAAAAAUAUAAAAGAUCUAAGAAACUGUUAAAGCUUAAUUUCGCUGCUGCAGUUGCUCCAGGUCAGGAGGAAAAUGUAUUAGACUUUAUUAGUUCUUCAGAUUCCGAUGCUGAUGAUGACAAUAUUAACCAACUCAUAAAGAUUUACCAAGCAAGUGACUCUAAAAGCAGGUAUGACUGUAACAGUUAUUAAUCUUGUCAAAUUAAUCCACCUCUAGCUGGAAAGGAAUUUGUAGGAGCUUUUUUAAUAAAAACGUAAUUGUAUUUAUAUAGUAAGUUGGCUUGCUAGGUAAUUUAUUUUUUGUAGAUUGGUCAUACUCUCUUUGAUUAACCAUCAGAAGUACACAAAACAAGAUAUUAUGAAGUUAUUUGAUUGCACUAAAUACCAGGUCGAUACUGCUAGAAGGUGGAAAUCUUCAAGUGCUUCAUUGUUAUUACCAAUGCAUCAGGUCCACAAACGACUUAAGCUUGAUAAUAAUAAGUGUGAACACUUCCUUGAAUUGAAGGCCUUCAUCAGUUGUGUCAAGAGAAGGGGAUCAAGCUGCUUCGAUACGAUUACAACGAACCUUCCUGUGGUAAAGAUCAGUGUGAUCGUGAAAGUGCUGCAGCAAAGUUAGUGAUGAGAAGUUAUGUAGGUGCUGGAAACAAUCUUUUGUCAGCGUCUGACAUUCAUGAUGCAUUGCACUAUGGUUCUGGGUUAAAAGAUUCAAAAGUAUGUGUUAUAGAGAUUAACCCAGAAUCUGUGAAAGUGGAAGGUCAGAAAAUUAAAAAUAUUAGCCAUUAUCAUUCUGUAGAAUUUAAAGAGGAUAAAAUGACCUUUUGGAGAUAUUUUGAUGUUGGUGAAGGUGUUGAUGUUGCCUAUUCUGAGAUGCAUGUUGCAUCAGGCGCAGUUGUGAAGGUACCAUUUAGUAGCACUUGCAGGGAAAGUAAAAAAAAGAUGUUUUCAAAACCCCGUGCAGAUAGGCAGCUCUGUAAGUUAUUGUUUUGUCCAGAGUCUGGCUGUGGUGCAACAUUCACAACAUACAAGAACUACGAAGAGCACAUGAUAGUAGAUAAUCAUCAUGUCACGAAACACCAUUCUUCCAUGGACUUAGUGAGACAAUCAUAUGUUGACAAAAUGAAGUUGUCAUCGAUGACAUCUUUGCCUUUAUUUGGAAAUGAUCUAGAGAUUGCAAAUGUUAACAUGCAAUGUGCCAUAACAAAAAGUCUAACUUUUGCGAGUAUUGCCAUUGAAGGAUGGUCUUUGCCAGUUAGAUCUACUUUUCGAUUUACAGAUUCUCAAAAGGAUAUUCUUUUGAAAUUAUUCAUGGCUGGAGAAGAAUCUGGACACAAGGUCAGUCCAGAAGAUGCUGCCAUAGAAGUAAGAAAGAAGUUGUCUGUUACUGAAUAUGUAACACCACAACAAGUAAAGUCGUUAUUUUCAAGGUGGUCCAGGCAAUAUAGAGAUGGAAGUUUGGAAUAUGUUAGUUCAGUGACUGAAGGUACUGACAACGGCUUUGAUGAUAAAAUGCUUGCUACAGCUCAGAAUCAGGUCAUCCAGCAAACAUCAAAAGAAGUACUUCUUAAACUUGAAAAUACAUAUCAAGUUGAUGAAUGGAUAGCUUUGCGCUUUGGGAAUACUUGGUUUCCGGCUCAAGUUGUAGAGGCAGAUGAUGAGGGUAUUGUAGCAAGUUGUAUGCAUUAUGCCAUGGGCGAUGGAAACAAUGCAUUUAUUUUUCCAAAUCCAAAAGAUCAAGGGUUCUACGAUCUUGAUGAUAUUAUUUGCAAAAUUUCAGCACCAACUCCAAAGAAUAAUAGAUAUUUUUGGUUAACCUCUGAAGAUUUCAAAAACGCUAGCACAGGAUUUAUUAAUUAGUUUAUCUUACAUUAUCUUAUUACUUUUUUGUUGUUUCAAAUUUAUGUUGUUUUUUGAUGGUUUACAAAAUAUAAUAUAAUUUGUAAGUAAACAAUUAUAUUGUAUUGACUUGGUUAUUAUUGCAGUGAUAACACCUGAAGCUUACUAACUGUUUUUAAGGAGUGUAAAGAAAUAGCUUAUAGCCUAGGUAUAGAUCAUUGAAUGCAAAAAGUUAUUUCUACUUUAUCUUAGGUUACACACUUUUGCUAUGAAUGGAGAUUUCUUUUAAAGCUCUUGAAGGAAAAGUUAGAGCUUGUCUGUAACAAUUCCUUUGUAAACUUAGGGUAGUUUUGAGCAAUAGUCUUUAUCCCACCUUUAUAUACGAUGGUUUUUUUCUUUCUGCAAAAAAAGAGGGGCUACACAUUUCCUAGUAACAACUAUAAAUAAAGAUAUGGCAUUUCUUGUAAGGCUCUAUAUGCCAAAAUUAUGACAUUUUCGUAACAUUUUUUUGUAAUUUUAAGGUUGUUUUGAGCAAUGAUAUCUAGCUAGCAUGACUAUAGAUCACAUGGAUUUUUUCCUUUUUUUGUGAAGUACUCACCUUGGAUUAAACAUUUUCAAAUAUUGUGUAGUUUGAAAAUGUUGCCCAUUCUGGAAAAAAGGACUGGAACUAGUUACCUAAACUGUUUUUUCGAAAGUUUGAAGGUCAUUGAUGGAAACCACAUACGAUUUCAA